UGCCGACACGAAAUACUACAUGUGACGGGCAGUCUAAGGCUGUACCAGGAAGGACCUCUUAGGGCUGACUGCUCUGCUUAUUCUCUAAACUUAUUCCAAAACUUAUUCUCUAAACAGAUUAUACUAACUACCCUAAAUGACUGCGUUUUGAGGGGCACCCCUCCCUGCCAAAGAGGAAGCUGUAUCCUCUAACCCCAGCUGGAGAAGUUCUUUCAAGGCAAUUGGACAGUGGUGGGUGUUACAGGAUCCUGAUGACUUGAGAUUUGCCUAUUGGAGCUGGUUUUUCUCCAUGUGCCUGCAAAGGGCAGGGGCUUGGAUAAAAACCCACCCAAGAGUGGGCGGUCAGGGGCAGCUCACUCACACACAGGGCCAUCUGCAGACUCCUGAGGAUGGAGUCUGUGGGAAACAACACCUUCUCUAGGACUCAGAACUCAGGUCGUGUGUGAAUGAGCAGCUUUCUCUCCUAAGCUAUUUUUCCUCUCUCCUGUUAGACUCCUAGCCUCUCUUUCAUCAUGUCUGGGGUGUGUCUAAUCCUAUCUGUCCCCAGUAGGGAUGUCAAGGCCACACCGUGGAGAUGCUACUCUGCCAAGCUUCUUGGUCACCUUCAUUUUCCUGCAGCUCCUGCCUGCUGGAAACGGAAAAUCAGAUUUCUGUGUCCUUGGACCUCCUGACCCACUUCUGGCCCUGGUUGGGCAAGACAAAGAGUUGCCUUGCAAACUGUCACCCAACAUCAGUGCGGAGGGCAUGGAGCUGAGGUGGUACAGGGACCAGCCCUCUCCAGCUGUGCAUGUGCACAAGGAUGGGGAGGAUGUGUAUGAAGAGCAGAUGGAGGACUACAGGGGAAGGACGACGUUCGUCGGCAGCCACAUGGUCAGAGGAGAGGUCGCUGUGAGGAUACGCAACGUCACCGUGUCUGAUAACGGGACUUAUCACUGCGUCUUCAAGGAGCACACGUCCCACAGCCAGGCCACCCUGUGGUUGAAGGUGGCAGGGCUGGGCUCAUCACCCAGAAUCCAUGUGACUGGCACCCAGGACAAAAGCAUUCGGGCAGAGUGUACCUCAUCAGGCUGGUUCCCAGAGCCUAAGGUGGAGUGGCUGGACCUCAGAGGAGAGCCAGUGCCGGCUGAGACUCACUUCUCAGCCUCAGCCAGCACCGGCCUCUUCGCCGUGGUGUCCACUGUGACUCCCCAGGACAGGGCUGUGGAGGGCCUGACUUGCUCCAUCUCCAACCCCCUCCUCCCCGAGAAGAAGGUGGCUGAGACUUACCUGCCUGCUGCCCUGUUCAGAAGGCCUCCGUCCACGGAGAGGGGACCAGCUCUGCCUCUGAUCCUCACGGCACUGGGGCUUGUCACAGCAGCAAUUGCCUGUGCCUUUGGGAGGUCGCACAAAGAGGAUAAAAGUGAGGAAGAAGAAGCGGAAACAGGAACCAGUGCUGAGGCUGAGCCCUCCCACGCCAGCCUGUCCCUGGACCCUGAAACCGGGAGCCCCAAACUCAUGGUGUCUGAAGACCGGAAAAGUGUGAAGCGGUUGUUAUUUGACCAGGACUUGUCUCCCAGUUCCAAAAGAUUUGACCAAGACCCCUGCAUCCUGGCCCAAGAGCGGUUUGAUGCAGGGAGACAUUACUGGGAAGUAGAGGUCGGGGGCAGGCGGGCCUGGAUUCUGGGUGUGUGUCUGGAAAGUUUGGGACGGGAAGGAAGGAUCCCCAAGUCACCUCAGCAUGGCCUCUGGGCACUGGAGUUUUACAAGAAGAAACUCCAGGCCCUCUCCUACCCCAGGACCCGCCUGUCUCCUCCGCAACCCCUCUGGCGUGUGGGUAUCUUCUUAGACUUUGAGGCAGGAGAAAUCUCCUUUCACAAUGCAGCCGACGGCUCCCAGAUCUAUGUGUUCUCUGGGCUGUCUUUUUCUGGUCCCUUACAGCCAUUCUUCUGCCUCUGGACCCAUGACCCCAGACCCCUAACCAUCUGCUCAGUGGUCAGAGAGGCAGAAGAAGACACAGAAUCCUCUGGAGGUCCUUGAUCUCCCUGGGGAUUCCCGAGACAUCCCUAGGAAAGAGAGGCUCCUGCCUUCUUGUCCACCCUGGCUCCUGGUACUAUUUAUUGCAUUCCUGUGUAGAAAUAAGGCAAGAUACCAGGGGUUAGAUAUGCUGCCUUUGCCAAAUUUCUGUGCUGAAUGCUGACACCACACCCAGCCCAGGAUUUCUGAAGGUGUUGUAGUUUGGAGAUGAGGCAUUGAAAGAGGGUAAGGUUAAAGAAAGACAUUGAUGUACCUUAGCCCCAUAAAGCUGGUGUUCUUAAAAGAGGGGGAGAUCAGGACACAUACAUACCCUGUGGGGACUCAGAGAGGUGCCACUCACUAGCUAAGGAGACCAGCAGCAUCUCCGAUGUCUAGCUUCUGGGACUUAGAAAGUGGUUCCUGCCGAGUGAGAAUCGCGUGACUCUCCUGUGCUGAGGUACUUUGUUAUGGCUGGCCUCCCUCAGCGAGGAAGACUAUACAAUAAGCACAGCAGGGCUGUUUUUGUCGUGUUCUUAGAGGCAUGUGUGGAAUGCCCAGCUCAGUGGUGGGUUGUGCUCUGGCUGUGUGAUAACUGGAUCUUACCCUCCUCUUCCUCACUCUUCCUCCAUCUUGUUCAUCUUUCUUUUUCCUUCCUCCCUGCCUUCCUCUCCCUCCUCCCCACCUUCUCCCUUCUCUUUCUUCCUGUUAAAUGAUUUUUAUUUUUAAUGGUGUGUGUGUGUGUGUGUGUGUGUGUGUGUGUGUGUGUGUGUGUGUGUGUCCUGGAACUGUAGUUAUAACAGUUGGGAGCUGACAGAUGAGGAACAAAACUCAGGUUUUGAGUUUUGCAAGAGCAGCCAGGGUUCUUGGUCCUAGAAGCAUCUCUCCAGCCUUCUCCCUUCUCUCUCUUUUCCCACUCCUCCAAUCUCUUUCUACCUUAAAUCAAUCUCUCUCUCUCUCUCUCUCUCUCUCUCUCUCUCUCUCUCUCUCUCUCUCUCCUCCCUCCCUCCCUCACUAUGACAGACUAGUUUCCAGCCACACAAAGGCAAAGAUCUGAAGAUUGCUAAGGCUUUGGUCAGAGUCCAGCGAGGACAGUAUUGACAGAGAAAAGAAGCGGGGUGCUAAUGGACACUUGGGAACACAGGAGAUAAA